CUCCCACUCCACGGAACGCCUUCAGAAACCCGCGAUUCUGAAUCUCAGCUCUCUCUCUCUCUCUCUCUCUCUCUCUCUCUCUCUCUCUCUCGCUCUACAAAGCCCAGGCCGAAACAGUUGCGGUGGAGGAGCUUUGGCAAUUCUGUAAGAUGUUUAUUCUAUGGUUCUGAAUCUCCCUUGAUCUUGAUAAAGUAAGCUGGGGCUACGAUAUGGAUAAGGAGUCAGUUGAUACAUUGGGUCCAUCCCCUGUUAGACCCAUUGAUGCACAGUCCACAAGGGCAACAGAUGGCGCGCAGAAUGAUUCUCCACGAGAAGGCGCAUCAAAGCUGUCUGCUGCUGGCAUAUCAUCGUGGGCAAAAAAUUUGAAGAUUCCGCAGUCUCUGUCAGUCACACAGGAUGACUCACCAACUGGAAAUGGUGGAAAAUCAACCUUUGCUCGAUUCACUAGCGGAAUAGGCUUGCGCUUGUCCCCAAGAUCUCCCCCUUCUGAUGAUAGUCCAACUGAAACUUCGGAAGCACUGCCCAGUUUCUUUGGUACAAUCACUAAGGGAUUGGUAGAUUCCUCAAAAAAUGCAGUAAAGGCAGUACAAGUCAAGGCUCGGCACGUUGUCUCUCAAAAUAAACGAAGAUACCAGGAAGGAGGAUUUGAUCUGGAUAUGACAUACAUCACAGAGAAUAUAAUCGCUAUGGGGUUCCCAGCUGGUGAUAUGAGCUCUGGCUUUUUUGGAUAUGUUGAGGGGUUAUACCGAAACCAUAUGGAAGAAGUCAUUAAGUUUUUUGAAACCAAUCACAAGGGCAAGUACAAAGUUUACAAUCUUUGUUCUGAGAGGUUGUACGAUGCAUCAUUGUUUGAAGGAAAGGUCGCUUGUUUCCCAUUCGACGACCAUAAUUGUCCGCCGAUUCAGCUCAUCAUAUCCUUUUGUCAAAGCGCUUAUGCUUGGUUGAAGGAGGAUAUUGAGAAUGUAGUGGUAGUUCACUGUAAGGCAGGAAUGGCUAGGACUGGCCUAAUGAUUUCCAGCCUUCUUCUGUACUUAAAGUUCUUCCCUACUGCUGAGGAAUCCAUGGACUACUACAACCAGAAAAGAUGUGUUGAUGGGAAAGGGCUUGUUUUGCCUAGUCAGAUUCGGUAUGUGAAGUACUUUGAACGUGUCUUGACGUAUUUCAGUGGAGAAAACCCACCUGGAAGGAGGUGCCUGCUUAGGGGAUUUCGGCUCCACAGGUGUCCUUACUGGAUCAGACCCUCCAUAACUGUCUCUGAUCAUAAUGGUGUUCUCUUUUCCACGAAAAAGCAUCCACGAACUAAGGACCUCUCGCCUGAGGAUUAUUGGUUCUCUGCUCCAAAGAAGGGAGUUAUGGUCUUUGCUCUGCCCGGGGAACCAGGUCUGGCUCAGUUGGCUGGGGAUUUUAAAGUGCACUUCCAUGAUCGCCAAGGAGAUUUCUGCUGUUGGUUAAACACAACUUUUAUGGAGAAUAGAAAGAUUCUGAACACUGGCGAUCUUGAUGGUUUUGACAAGAGGAAACUGCCAUCCCCAGGAUUUCAGGUCGAGGUGGUGCUCGUGGACUACGAUGAAACUGUUUCAUCUCAUGUGAACACCCAAACUGUUCCUCAGAAUCCCAGUGGGAGCUCAGAAACUGCUUCAGCGCCUCCACCCGAAGAGAGAGAGGCUGCUCCUCAGACAAGCAAAGACGAGGGAAGCAAUGAUAAAGAUGAUGUUUUCUCAGACAGUGAGGCCGAGGAAGGCAGCACCUCAAAGAACAAGCGAACCCAAACAACUUCUUCCGCCACAAAUAGGACUGCCCCUCCUGCAACCUCGGCCCCUGAGACCGAGACCAAGAAAGAUAAAGUGUCGAGCUUGACGCACAAGACAGGACGAAUGUCUCUUGGGAGCACAGAUUCUGCUCAGCCUAGAACUGAUGCUGCAGCCUUAGACCACAAGCUCUCAAGCUCAGAGAGCGACUUUAAGGCAAUGGCUGCUGAUGCCUCUGUAUUCACGUUCGGUGACGAGGAGGACUACGAGAGCGACUGAACACGUGAGGCCAUCCUCUGUUGUAGGGAUCUGUUUCUGCAGCUCUGUAAAUUAAUGGCUUGUAAGCUGCAAAUUCCAAAUAUUGCUUGUGAAGGAUGAUUUCGAUUUAUAUGUUGAAUUUGUGGCAUAUCAGGUUCGGGGCUUAUUGUUUAUUCCUGUAAGUAAAAAGAAAUCACACUUGAAAUUUCGUUGUAGCCUACCGAGUUUAAUGGGAAUUGACGUUUGUUCAUUGUUA